CUGUGUGUGUCAGUGUAUUUUUUUUUUUUUUUUUUUUUUUUUUUUGUUAUUCCCGCUUGCUCCAUCCACACAGCGAAGACGCUGAUUUUUUGCCAUAUGGAAACACAGCGGGCAUGAAACUGCAGCGACUCUCGGAAUACCGACCUGAUGUUUUUGUGCAAACAUGCACGCGCUGCAUUUUUCCCUGCAUUUUGGCGACUCCGCGCUCGCGCUCGCGCUCCGGGCUGCAAAUAAUGAAUUAACAGACAGGAGGAAAUAAAGGAGAAGCGGCUAGCUGCAGCCACAUUGCAUUGUGCUCCCUGGAUAUCAUGCGCAUUUUCCUACAAACUGCUCCCAUUCCCUCUUAAUGAAACCUUUCUUUGUUGUGGAAUGGACACUUCUCCCAAAAUAAAAAUAAUAAUAAUAACGCAGGCUGCUCUGCUAGUCAGCAGCUGAAGUGCUUAAACAAAGAAAUGCAUUCUUAAAGAAGAAGGCACAGGCUGGAUUUAACAUUAAGGUAGUUUGUCCGUGCUGCUGCCCAGAGGUGAGGCGAGGCAGGGGGAGCUGCUGAGCGGAUGCCUGUAGCGGCGGGCGCCGCGUGCCCUCGACAAUGAGCCGGCUGAUGCUGGGCCGCACUCUGGAGCGGGUCUGCAAGGCUGUGCUGCUGCUCUGCCUCGUGCACUUCCUCAUCAUGAUGAUCCUCUACUUUGAUGUCUACAGCCAGCGCUUUGACAUCUUCAGCCGUUUCAACAAUGGCCGCGGCGCCAACGCUUCACGCUGGCCGCACCAUUCUUUCUACAAUUACUCCAGCGCCAGGCCCAAUGCCACCUUCGCCAGCUAUGUUCCCGCCUCAGAACAGCUACCACCCAGCGGCAAGCCUGAGCUCAACCGCACACACCCAACCCCCAAGCCUAUUCCUCCUUGCCCAGAGGUACCACCUGGACUGGUGGGACGGCUCCUGAUCGAGUUCAGCUCUCUGAUGAGCAUGGAGAGGGUGCAGAGGGAGAAUCCCAACGUGACAGAAGGGGGCAAGUACACACCACCAGACUGUCGGCCGAAGCAAAAAGUAGCCAUUAUCAUUCCAUUUCGGCACAGAGAGCACCACCUGAAAUACUGGCUCCACUACCUGCACCCCAUCCUACGGCGGCAGAAGAUCGACUAUGGAAUCUACAUCAUCAACCAGCUUGGCGAGGACACCUUCAAUCGGGCCAAGCUGCUAAACGUCGGCUAUACAGAGGCUCUAAAGGACGCCGAGUAUGACUGCUUCAUCUUCAGCGAUGUGGACCUGAUCCCCAUGGACGACCGCAACCUGUACCACUGCUACGACCAGCCACGCCACUUCGCCAUCGCCAUGGACAAGUUCGGCUUCAGGUUACCGUACGCAGGAUAUUUUGGAGGGGUCUCUGGCUUGAGCAAGAAGCAGUUCCUGAAAAUCAAUGGCUUCCCCAAUGAGUACUGGGGAUGGGGAGGAGAGGACGAUGACAUCUACAACAGGAUUACACUGAACGGGAUGAAGGUGUCUCGACCAGAUGUGAGGAUUGGCCGCUACAGGAUGAUCAAGCACGAGAGGGACAAGCACAAUGAGCCCAAUCCCCAGAGGUUCAAUAAAAUCCAGAACACAAAGAACACCAUGAGGAAGGACGGCAUCAGCUCGCUGACGUAUCGCCUGGUCUCCAUUAAAAAGUACCCGCUCUACACCAACAUCUCAGUGGAGAUUGGCAAACCCCCUCCCAGACCACUCAGAGGAUAGACCACGGCCAGGUCCACACACACACACACACACACACACACACACACACAAACAUAUAUAUAUAUAUACCGCCCAUGGCCGUGCGCCUCUGUGUGCAGCACUGAUAUGCUGAACAGGUUAGUUCUCAGGAAUACACUGGACUUGUUGUGGAUUUAUACACACAAAUCCACAUGCAGAUUCUGACUCCAGUACAGACACUCAGUAUCUUGCGAUGAGGGGAACUGACUUUAGAGCACGGACAGCCAUAGCAAUAUGGAUGAUGCUCUGACAGACCUUCUGGUCAAACGUAGAGGACACAAAUAAACAUUGUUUCUGGGCACAAUCUCAAAGGAGAACCCUGUUCACUCGAUGUAAAUCAGUUGGAACAUUUCAGAAACGAAUGUGGUUUGUACCUGCAGCUCGUUUUCUCAUCAUAUCUACAAAGCUGGAGAUGAUAAAGACACUUAAUCGGUGCUUGAAGAAGCCUCUGGAUCAUCUUCUCUGUCACUUUUUUCUUAUUUUGUAUUUCUACUCUUCCUGCUCUGUGACUUCAACCACGGAAGCACUGAUUGCGCUGAAAGCUUAAACAUUUCAGUGACCGGAUUUGGGUAAAGUGAUAGUGUGCACAGGUGCUUCGGCAACCUUUUUCUUACUAGAGCCCUGCCUUUGGUGGUCUAGAAUUGAGUAGAAAGGGAUUCUGGGAACUCUCACUUGGAGACCAAGGGAAUUCUGGCAAAGCUGUACAUGGUCACCGUUGUCAAUCGCUUGAAAACAACAUUAGAAGCUAUAUGUUUGUGUUUUUUUAUUGGUUGUUCACCUAUGCCUGAAGUUUUUUUCAGCUUAAUGCAUCUUAACAUUAAUUGCUGUGUGUGUGUGUGUGUGUGUGUGUGUGUGUGAAGUCAUGCUCAUUCAAGACCACAGUGAACUUUUAUCAAACACUGGGGAUGAGAUUUGAUUUAUUUUGCAAUCCUGUUUUUUCCCCCCUUUUUUUUUUUCAUUUACUGCCUAUGCACACCAUACUGAUGCCUUCAGACAUUUUAUGAGGUGCUCGAGUCGUGUUUUCUUCUUUGGAUAUCUGUGUUAACUUUAAUCGGGCCACCUUUUUUUCAUUGCCAUUCCCCCAGCCUAUUAAAGAAAUACAUUUCAUUC